UGUCCGAAGAAGGAGGGGCCCGUCCCGGCCUCUGGAUUCUGCUCUGGGAAUCGGCCAUUGGGCUGUACCAUAUCUGCAGUCUCUGACCGUCUCCUGUACCAUGUCUGCAGUCUCUGGUCAUCUCCUGUACCAUGUCUGCAGUCUCUGACCGUCUCCUGUACCAUGUCUGCAGUCUCUGGUCAUCUCCUGUACUGUGUCCGCAGUCUCCGGUCAUCUCCUGUACUAUGUCUGCAGUCUCUGGUCAUCUCCUGUACUGUGUCCGCAGUCUCUGGUCAUCUCCUGUACUGUGUCCGCAGUCUCCGGUCAUCUCCUGUACUAUGUCUGCAGUCUCUGGUCAUCUCCUGUACUGUGUCCGUCUCUCCGGUCAUCUCUCCUGUACUAUGUCUGCAGUCUCUGGUCAUCUCCUGUACUGUGUCCGCAGUCUCCCGGUCAUCUCUCCUGUACUGUGUCCGCAGUCUCUGACCAUCUCCUGUACUGUGUCCGCAGUCUCUGGUCAUCUCCUG